GUGGAGACUAACAGUGACAUGCUUCAUGACCAACAGGUGGAGACUAACAGUGAAAUGCUUCAUGACCAACAGGUGGAGACUAACAGUGAAAUGCUUCAUGACCAACAGGUGGAGACUAACAGUGAAAUGCUUCAUGACCAACAGGUGGAGACUAACAGUGAAAUGCUUCAUGACCAACAGGUGGAGACUAACAGUGAAAUGCUUCAUGAACAACAGGUGGAGACUAACAGUGAAAUGCUUCAUGAACAACAGGUGGAGACUAACAGUGAAAUGCUUCAUGAACAACAGGUGGAGACUAACAGUGAAAUGCUUCAUAAACAACAGGUGGAGACUAACAGUGAAAUGCUUCAUGAACAACAGGUGGAGACUAACAGUGAAAUGCUUCAUGAACAACAGGUGGAGACUAACAGUGAAAUGCUUCAUAAACAACAGGUGGAGACUAACAGUGAAAUGCUUCAUGAACAACAGGUGGAGACUAACAGUGAAAUGCUUCAUGAACAACAGGUGGAGACUAACAGUGAAAUGCUUCAUGAACAACAGGUGGAGACUAACAGUGAAAUGCUUCAUGAACAACAGGUGGAGACUAACAGUGAAAUGCUUCAUAAACAACAGGUGGAGACUAACAGUGAAAUGCUUCAUGACCAACAGGUGGUUACUAACCAGUGAAAUGCUUCAUGACCAUCAGGUGG